AUGACAGAGUUUGAAAGCACAAGAAAGAAACUAAAGAAAGUGUUUUCCAUACACGGCAUCCCGGAAGUAGUACAGACAGACAAUGGACCACCCUUAAACUCACACGCCUUCCAUGAGUUCACAGAUGAAAUGGGAUUYAGGCACAAACGCAUCACUCCUCUACACCCGAAAGCGCAAGGUCAAGUAGAAGGAUUCAACAAAUUAGUGAACAAGAUCGACGCAAUCGCGACACAAGACGGAGCUAUUGUAGACUUGCUACAAACAUACAGACGCACGCCACACCCAUCAACAAGAAUGCCACCAUACCAACUGCUAAUGGGACGUUAA